AUGGCUGCAAUUGACCAAAAUGGAUAUGCCAUUCAGUACGCAUCUGAAGAAAUUAGAAAUGAUAGGGAGAUUGUUAAAAGAUCCAUUUCAAGAGCUGGAUGUGCACUUCGAUAUAUUGCCGAGGAAUUGAAACAAGAUAGAGAGAUAGUGAUGGAAGCUGUUAAUGAAAAUGCAAUGGCUCUUGCAGACGUAUGUAAUUAUUUUGGAAAUGAUAGAGAAAUAGUAUCAUUGGCUGUUAAUACUGAUGGAAAUAUUAUUAGAUUUGCAAGUCCUGAAUUGAGAAACGAUAAGGAAAUUGCAAUGCAAGCUCUUAAGAAAAAAGGAAUGUCCAUUAAAUACCUGUCAGAAAAUUUGAGAAAUGAUAAGGAAGUUGCUAUGCAAGCUCUUCAAAGUUGUGGUAUAACAGGAAGGAGUUUUGGAUUGUACAUACAUACAAAAGAAUCACCAUUAGAUUAUUUAUCUGAAAGUGUUAGAAAUGAAAUUGAAUACGAAAUGAACAUGAGAUAA